GCGGGCUCCUCUGGGAGCCUCGAGAACGUUCUGGGAGGGGCAGGAGUGGGUUGGUCUGUCCGUGAGUGACGAACUGCCGGGCGGCCAUAGUGAACGCGAGGGGUUUGGUUGGUGAGGAACGAAGCGCAGUGCUUCGCGACUGUUGACAAACCGCAGAGGCCGCAGACAGCCCCGCCCCGGAGACUUUUCUCCAAGACAGAAAUAAAACAGGUCUGACCAUGACAGCGGUGUCCUUGCCGGUGGGAUCCCAGGAAUCGGUGACUUUUGAGGAUGUGGCCGUGUACUUCACUAAGAAGGAAUGGGUCAGCCUGACACCUGCUCAGAGAGCCUUGUACAAGGAAGUGAUGUUGGAGAACUACGGGAUGGUGGCUUCCCUAGCACCGUCACCCAUCUCCACACCAGCUCUGAUCUCCCGGCUGGAGCAAGGGAAGGAGCCAUGGUCCACGCGGCCACAGGGAGCCCUGAGCAGGCGGGCCCGUCGAGCCGUCCUCAUACGAUACAUCGCAAAACUAAGAAGAUUUACUUACUUAGCUAAAAUGGUGUCACGUGCAAUAAGAUUAAAACUUCGUCAGAGUCGCCAUUGCCGUGAAGACAGAACAAAGGCUUAAUUCUUGAGCUUUAAAUGCGAGUUUUCAAGGAAGGAAUUCAGAGUCGCCUUACGUGAAGUGAAGUGCAUGUUUGCUUUUCCUGUAAGUUCAUGGAUUUCCAUAGCUUGAACCUUUCCCAGUUCAUUAAAGUUACUUACUUUGCUGGACAAA